AACUUCCAGUACUGCUACAACACCUCCUAGAGGAAACAAUCUCGAUUGACCAAUUGCCACGCCCGCAAGGUGCGACUAGAAUACAUAGUUCGGUACUUGUUGUUGUUCAAGUACCGAUGAGUGAAUCCAUUUGAUUCACUACGACGAUGACAUUUGCCGAGGAAGAUACGGAAGACGAGGAAACGUGGAUCGCACUGGACGUGGAAGACAAUGGGCCCAACGAGAAAUUUCGAAACGAAGAAACUCCUGCUCCCGAUGUGGCCCAUUUUGUGAGAAGCGAAGGGAACGAACAAAACCGUGGUUCCGGGAACGCGAAAGCCAAUGCCAAACCCAAUUCCCUUCCGAAACAGCCAGUGCCCCAAGAGCGGCAAACGAGGAGACGGUCUCACGCAGGCGACAAUGGCGGUGGCAGCACCAGCAGUGCUCGGCUUCGAAACGUUCAGCGAAAGCUCGAAGACAGAAUUUCCAUACAGACCCACCUAGUCAACCACCCAAUCGAUUAUUUUUGGCAGCGCUGUUUGAUAAAUUCGUUGCGACAGGUAUGGCAGCUGGAAUUCCGCAUACGACUUGGCAUUCUCUUGCUAGCGGCUGGUCUCCUGACGAGAGUAUUCCUAUGGUCCACUUGGUAUCUCAUGUAUCCGCGAUUCGCCAUUCUCAGCUUCCUUCUGGUGKCGAGCAUAUUGUACCUCGAUCCUUUCGAUCUCCAGGACCAAAUAAAAGAUGCACGGGAUUUUCUUGCGGCUCUGACCGCGCCAUCGUCGUCCAUUUCUCAACAACAGCAGCAGCUGAUGGUCAAUGGCAUCGACACUGAUCAAAUCCGUCGACUUUCGCUCGUUCUUUUUCUACUACCGACAUUUUUGGAAGUAAGAACACUUUCGUUUCUCUCGUCAAUCAAUGCGGAACUCACGGUGAUGAACGCAGCCAAUGCAAGUGCCGACGGAUGGACAUUCAAAUGGGCAUCUUCCUAUCUCUUUGACAUUGGGGUCACUCUUUGUAUUUUCACUGUUAUGAUGUUUCUACUCAAAGUCAGGCGUAUGAAAUGCUGCGAUGUCUCCCAUCGCGGAUUGUUGAUUCUCUAUGGCUUUACCCUCCUGAUCACGAUCAGUAGCUACGACAAUGGGAAGAACGACCUGCGACGAAUCCCUGUCCUUGCGGCUCCUUUUUUCACGGCUUCCGCUACUCUUCUGUUGAUGUACCAGGACGACAGAAUGGAAUGGCUCUCCCGUAUCGUCCGACAAACAUUCCGCUUGUCGCUUCGGGAUGUGCUGUCCUCGGUCAGCGAACGAGUCACCGAGGAUGAAAUGUUGCAACUGGCCAUCCUUAGAUGGAUUUGCGACUUUUGGGCGUCGACUCAGGCAUCGGCAAGCAAGCCCGACACAAUCGACGACUCCAACAGCUCGUCGACCAUACCAACUAGUACCGCACUUCUACCAUUGCAGUCAUCGUCGGAGCUUAGUCGUGUCUCUUGUACAAGCGCUACUCCUCCUUCUGUGGAAUCGAACACAGCAAGGCCGUUUGAACCGAAUGUCAUCCAAUGGGAAGAGCUCCAGCCGAUGCUCAACAUCGAAAUCGAUCACAUGGAAACAGAGAUCGUUGCGCUCCAACCUGGUAACAAUCAUAGUUGUGGCAAUAGUGACAAGCCUUGCGAUGACGGACACCAUGAGUCCGAACGCCGCGGCAGUGAUCUUGGUUUGGUGCAACUUGAUCAAAUGGAUGGAAGGUUGUCACCAAAUCCAAAUGCUUUACAACACCACAAGCAACAAACUUCCGAAAGUAUGGAUUCUUUGAUGGCCCUGAAAUCUAUGCUUGUUUCCUUCGACGUCGACGAUCGGGCACAACCGGCUGUUCUCGCGUACAAGAGAGCAGUUGAGUCCUUUCCACCAAAGAAGAAGACAGCAGUGACAGUCUCCGUGAUACGAAGGUGUCCAGCAUUGCUCACGCUAAUACUUCACAUUUUUUCUGCGAACGAUUUCAAUUUGUUUUUCAUAUCAACUCUCAUUCUCAGUCCAUUCAUUGCGAUUGAAUAUUAUCGGAUCAUUGGCUGGAUGGAUGCAUGUGAGCGAUAUUCACCCAUUAUCGAUACUGAACGCGACGAAAACGAAGCAGAAAAUGAUUGGAGAAUACCAGUGUUUUUAAGAAAUUUGGACACCAUGACCAUUCUUUUUUCUGACGAUGUUCACAACGCGUUUCGUCCCCCGUCGCUCUUGCUAGUUUGGCACAAUAUUGUGGGUUCUGUCUCUGCUUUGGAAAUGGGGCUUUCGACAGCUCGAUGCGCAGAGACCACGGCCGUUGCAAUUGAAUUUGCAGGAAGCGCCAUGUCUUUGGUGAAAUUUGGCUUCGAAGUUUCCCAGAACGGAAUAUUUCACGGUGCAGUGGUGUUGCUGAAGGAAGCGUUGUCGAUCCAUGCCAGUGGCCGUGAUAUAAGAAACCCCGGCUUUUCGGACGAUGGUGAGGCGGAAUAUACGAGCGCUGCAAUUCGUGCGGUUCAUUCCGGACAAAAAGUUGUCCGGAACAUACACGCCCUCUCCGAAGAUCAAAACGUGAUGCAUGCUGCACAGCCAGUAUUGCACUUCUUUGGGGCUCUGGUAGGUCACAAGUGGUUGUGGGGAAAAGAUGAAGAGGAGAACGAAAAUGCUGAUGCAAAAUCAAAAGUCAUACUGGGUGAUCCUGGAAUAAAAGAUGACAAUAUUCGUAGUGAUAACGAGGCAGAGCUAAGAGACCACAAGACCAAAGCUAGUGAGACCAACGAGGGAAAUGAUAAAAAAGCUACAGACAAAUUUACCAAUGAUGAGGAAAGCAUGUCUGGAGCUUCCAAUAACUCCAUAUCGGUUUCGGAGUUACUAAGCCCCGAGGAAGAGCUUACCGAGGUCAUGGAAAUGGUUGCGCUUGCCUACGAGUACGAACUAAUUGAAGAAAGAGAAAAGGACGAAUUCUUUCAAAAGCUUGUCGAUUUCCGAGAAGAUGAACUUUAUGAUCGAUCCAUUCUAUCUGCGAUGAAAAGAACACUGCAAAUUGUCCUCGAAAACGGCGAAAAAGAUCCCACUCGAGAUUCAGUAGCUCCUUCGAGUGAUUUUGUCGAAUCUCAUCUUCAGAUCCACGGCACUGGAGAGACCGAAAAUCGAAACGAUGAAAUAGUGAAUGAGCCAAAAGAAAGUGAAUCAGAAAAUUCUGAAUUUCCAUUUACGAAUGAAUCCGACGCAUCACAGAAGAAGGAAACCGAUCAAAAUGCCACCCAAGACUCUAUAGCUCCUUUGGGUGGUGUCGAUAGAUCUAUAGUCGACAACCACGAUUCUGAAACAUUCGAAAAUGAAAGUGAUGGAACGGUGAAUGAACCGAGGGUAAUCAAGACAAAAUAUUCUGGGGUUCCACUUCAUAAUAAAUUUGAUGCAUCACAGACAGAGGACACCGAUCAAAACCCCACCCAUGAUUCUGUGUUUCCUUCUAGUGCUGUUGACAGACCCGUACUCAACGAUCACGAUACUGGUGAAAUGGUGAACGAUCGAAGAGCAGCUGGGAUGAAACAUUCUGAAUGGCCUCUCUCCAAUGAAUCAGACGCAUCACAGACAAUGGAAACCGAUCCAUUCAAUUCAGGAGAAGAUAAAUCUAAAGAAGAAAAAACUGGUGAAGACAACGACAAUUUACUAGCCCUUGGUAUAGCAGCAUUAGGCGUGGUUGCCGGUGGGGUUGUUGUGGCGAUGGGAAUGAAUGCACAGAAAACGAACGAAACACGCGAGUCUUUCGAUGCUGCCAAAAAUGUUAAGAAAUCAAACGACGAUCGAGAGACGAAUGGAUCGUCUACAGUGGAGAUUGUAGAGCUGACGGAUCAUGAAUCGGAAGAAAACUGGACAGCCAUAGAUCAGUAACGUGGUAACUCAUUAUCCUGUAUUUUCAAGUAUCAUAAAUCGAUUCACAAAUCAACUUUUUUCCUGAAAUCAUCGGCCUCUCCACUCUCGAUAAAGUGUUGCGCUCUAAUAUGUUCGGCCUCCUUGUGCUUGGCAAUAAAAAAUGGAUUCCCGCCGGGUUUGUUGUACAACGGGCAAUCGUAACAUCCCUUUUGGGGACAGUUUGGACUCAUKAAGCACUUGAAUUUCAAGGAAUGAUACCACGAGGUCUGACGAUUCCUGUCGCUAUCCAUUCCUGCAACAUGUAGAGGAAUUGGAGUAAAACCCUGCCGAAAAUUCUUUGAGUCCAACCUCAUAUCUCCUUUGUCUCUUGCAGUCUCGAAUGUUUUGAGUUCGUCGUAUGAUACGUGAUGCAUGCAUGAGACGGGGCAGGAAUCGAUUGCUUGGUUAACAUCUCCACUAUUUCGCUGGAAAUAAGUCCUGGCGCGGCCUGACUCGACCAUUUUAAACGAAGUUGGAGCAAUGAGUGCACAAUGUGUACAUCCUAUGCAUGAUUCUUCGUCAAUGAAUACUAAAUUCAUGUUCCGAGAACAAAUAUUGUUAAAAGAGUCAGUCAAUUGCCAUAUCGUUGGUGUAAGUGAUAUCAGUACUACACGACUGAUGUUUGCGACACAAAGAAACCUACCGAAUUCUCCAUCUCUCAUUCUGAGUGGUGUCUUUUGAUCGCUCGCCAUCUCCACAAGCUCGUGACUACUCGAACCUUUAGUGCUGGACUUUGAUUUUCUUUUAAGUUCGGGUGCAUUAUAAUCCCAAUCUAAGAUUUCACACUCGUCCACAAACAUCUCGUCAGUUGUUUUCCUAUCACCAUUACCGUGCACGGUCAACUUUGACGUUCGUUCACGUUGUUCUUCGACAAGAUGAAGUCGUUCUUGUUCUGCUUGUGAUAUCAUUCCGUGGGCUACACACACGAAAUGACAUUUUCUCUGAGAAUGAAUGGAAACGAAAUAAAAUGUAACUCAACGACAAUAUUUUUCAUUCGAGCAACCUACCACGAAUAUCUCUCCAAACAGCGUCUCGGAACGGGGUUCUCAACUGAAGGUGCCGUUUCACGGAAACUGUUGAUAAGUUGGAUGCGUCACCAACAAUGCAACGCAGGUAAAGAUUUUGAAACUCCUCCUCCACAAGCCGACCGCUUCCGUACGAGCCGAAGUCCGACAAGGUUUUCAACACACGAUGAUCGUGCUGGCUCACCUUGCCUUCUCCCUCGGACUUUAGAGAUUUUGUCAUCCAGGAAGCAAUAGAAGCUCUAUCCAUUGACAAGAUUCCAUCUAGGGUACUAGGAACUGCGUGCUCCCGGAACAUGGUGGAAACGGCAUCUCUUAAAAAUUUCGUCGCCUCGAAUUCACCAUCCUUGAGAAACACAAGCUGUGAAACUUCGUUCUUUUCGUCGUUGGUCAAUGGAGCAUAAGCCCUUCCCCCCGCAAUCAAUAGAGAUUCGGGGUCCUCGUUGCAUCGAACCAGCAUUGCGAUCUCUUCGUCCAUCUCACUUUCCAUGGAGGCCUGGAUUUUGUCAUCCGCACCAUGUUCAUCACCGGAGUCGUCAUCCAGCGUCGGAAAAAGGUUGUAAAUCUCGUCCACCGCAUCCUGAAUCCAAAUGUCCUCCUCUGACAUAACCUUCGUCCC